AUGUCUUUGAACUGCCAUCAAAGAAAUGCGUCAGCGGCCGAGCAGGUAGGGUUAAUACAACGUAAAUUCAUAGCUCGCUUUCGUUUUGUAUACAAAACAAAGAAUAAAUAAAAUGAAUCAUUCUUGAAGCUGAUUCGAGUGGAAGAAUCGCAAAACGACAACCCCCAGGACCCAGUUUAUUCGAGCCCAAACACGGUGGAAUUGGGAGUUUCCGGGCCCACGAACGAGGUCAUGUUCUCCAACUUCAGUGAUUGCUCGUCUUAUUAUGGACUUCCCAAUUCACAGAACGAAAAUGAGACACGGUUGGUUUGGUAUACUGUUCGGAUAUGAGUUUAGGUAUUUGUUCAAGAAUCCGUAUCUUCGUGCUAAUGUCCGGGUCGUAAUAGGUUCGAUUAUCUUGACGAUUGUUGGUUUUGCUCUGAUUUCUUUUGGUGUACUGGUUACUUUUGUUCCUAAUGAGAUGGGUAAGUACCAUAUUCUUAGACCUAGAACGCGUUUGUUUACAAAUUUAGACGUCCAUGGGUGGAUCUUCUUUGUGGUUGGAAUGCUCUUUUUCAUUCCUGGCUUUUAUCAUAUUGUGUAUAUUACUUGUACAUUAUGUGGAAGAGAGGGAUAUGCCUUCGACAAUCUACCGACUUUUACAAAACCAACGACAUAA